AGCUAGAACGCAACUCUCCUCUUUAUAUCAAACACAAACACAUACAUAUAUACACACUCAAAACUUACACACACAUGGAGUCGGCGGCGGCGGUGGCGGCGGCGUGGGAGUGGACGUCCGGUGGACUCCACCGAGUGAUGUGCAUGCAAGGCGGCGAGGAUGACGUCAGCUACAUCAAGAACUGCGAGGGACCAGCGUGCGCGAUCACCCUGUGCAAGCCGAUGCUGAUGUCAGCAAUCCAGUCCAUGAACCUCCACGAAGAAGAAAACGACAAGAACAAGACGCUGAGGAUAGCUGAUUUGGGAUGUGCGACUGGUUACAACACGGUGGCGACGGUGGAGAUGGUGGUGGAGGCUCUGCGGCGGCGGUCCAAGGAGCCGCCGGAGGUGGAGGCCUUCUUCUGCGACUUGCCCUCCAACGAUUUCAACACCUUGUUCCGGUGGCUCUCCGACAAUAGGAAAGCUUCCACCAGAUUCUUCGCUGCCGGUGUCGGUGGCUCCUUCUAUACGAGGUUGUUCCCCACCGGAAAACUCCAUGUCGCCGUCAGCCUCAGUGCCUUGCAUUGGCUCUCUCAGAUACCAGAGAGGGUGUUGGAAAAGGGAAAACGGACAUGGAACAAGGGGAGGGCGUGGAUAGAGGGAGCCGAGAAGGAAGUGGUGGAUGCUUACGCGGAGCAGUCGGACAAGGACUUGGACGAGUUCCUCAGAUGUCGGAAGGAAGAGAUGGUGAAAGGAGGAGUGCUGUUCAUGUUGAUGGGAGCUAGACCCUCUGGUUCAAACAGCCAGUUAUUGGAUGAUGACUCCAGAGAUAAGCACCCUUUCACUAUUUCCAUGGAUCAAGCUUGGCAAGACUUGGUUGAUGAGGGGCUGAUAGACGAGGAGACAAGGGAUGGAUUCAACAUACCGGCGUACAUGAGAAACGCGGAGGAGGUGGCGGCCGGGAUUGACCGCUGCGGCGGAUUCAAGAUCGAGAAAAUGGAGUACAUGAAAAUCCCCGAACACUCGGACGAGAAACAAGAGGCUUCGAAGAAAGAUCCCGUCUCGUACGGACGAGCCAGAGCCAACCUGGUCCGAGCCACCCUCAGGCCGAUGGUCGAGGCCUAUAUCGGUCCCUACCUGUCCGACCAGUUCUUCCAACGAUACGAAAACCGCGUUUCUUCCAACACAAAUCUUCUCCACAAGACCUGUUUCUAUGGCGUGAUCGUUGUUUCUGCCACCAGGGUUUAACGACAUACACACACACAUAUAUAUAUAUAUAUUGUGUUGGGUGUCUCUUAUAGUUCAGUGGGCUUUAUUUAGGAGGCGGGUUGAUUAUAGUAUACGAUAAAAUAUGUUAUAAUGCAUGCAUGUCUAAUCUUUUUUAUAUAUAAAGUGUGCCGAGCGCUAUCAAAAUGAGUGAAUAAAAUAAUUAAAGGAUGUA